CUACGAAUUUACAUUAAAUCUCUAGUCUGACUACCAACUAGGAACAAGACCUCGAGAUUGGUCCAUCAUAUUUUGUUCGAGAAAGACUACCUUUACUAAUCUGCCUUGGUAUUCAUAAUGAUUCUGACCACCUUGCCAUGUCUCCCCAUUCCUGGACCCAAAUGUAUAUCAUAAAACCUAUGCCUGGAUUCUUCUGGUGGUCCAUUACUCUAUAAUCAUUGUUAGGAGAUGGCUUCGUUAGUUUUCUGUCGAUAGGAAUAGUUGAAAAAAUAACAUGACAAGUGUUGUCAGCCCAAUGACAAUACUGAACUUUUCUUGUGGGCAGAUGAUGGGCAAGACAUUCAGGCUGCAUUGGGUCAGCUCGUAGGGAAACGAACAGUACCUCAGGUUUUUAUCAACGGCAAGCACAUUGGUGGCUCUGAUGGUAAGUAUCUGAAGUUCUUCAACUUCAGUUCCCCAGUAAAAGCUCAUGCACUAGAGACCUGACUAUUUUUCUCUCUUACAUUCAACAGAUACUGUUGAAGCAUAUGAAAGUGGUGAACUGGCUAAGCUUCUGGGCAUUGACGUGGAUGAAAAGGAGGAUUUGUAAACUAAUACUCCAUCGAGAUGGUUUAUCGGUAUUUGAAUCGUGCAAGCAAGGGCGUUCUUAUCUAUAAAUAGAGGCUGUUUCUUGCUCGACGUCCUGACCAAAUAGUUGCAACCAGCAGUGAGUUCUAGUGAGUGCUAUUUGGUAUAAUCAACCAGAAGCUAGUCAUUCACCUGUGAGCUAAUAAUAGUUGGUGCUAUCUUACAAUGUUAGUUAUGAGAAUUGACAGUAGACUUUGUAAUGAAAAAUGACUCAGAUUGUACGGUUUGAACGUUCGAUACAGGAUCCUGAAUGACAUUCCAUGUGGAUGAACCUUAUGCAUGAUUUGAUUCACUUCCAUUAGUCAUCAAAAGUUAACCGCAGAAACUCGGACGAUGUUCAUCUUUGAUGGAUUGGUUAUGCUGCUGAUAUCCUGGACAGGUUAGGGGUUGGAGACUUGUGAGUACUGGCUUACUUUCUAUGUUGAAAGGUCUGUGUAGAAUUAGAUCCUUGGUGAAAGUCGAUGGAAGUUCAGGUUUGCUAAUAUUGUCUUUGCUUGGUUUGUUUUGUUGUCUGACCGAUGCCUGGUCCGUUUCGGACCAAUGGAUGAAUCGCUGCAGCCAGCCCGUUCUUCUUUCUUGAGGAAAACACCUGUAAUUGCUAUGCUAUUCAUAUAUCCAUAAUGCAUAGAUUUGAAACAAAUGGAUGUCAAAAAUGAGCUGUUUUGAAAAGGACUAUAGUCUAUAAGGGCAACAAGUUCAGUUUAAACGCGAAACAGAGAAGGUGAAGGCAAAAUGGCAUCCCAUUCCCACGUUUUGCUAUCGUCGGCAGCUGGAAAUAUCAGAAGCUACCGGCGCGAAACCCAGGCAACUCAUCGCUUUUCGCUUCUUAAUCAUCUACCCAUUCGAGCAUCCACCACUAAGGAGCCACGCAACCUUCGCUGUGGUCGAUCUUUUCUGGGUAUAGAAGAAGUUCUUCCUACUUUCUGUUCAUCAAUGGCGGCAAGCGUUCGAGCUACGUCGAUAUUCGCAGCUACAACAACUCUAGCAGUUUAUAUAGCUGCUGCCGCAUCCUUCAGCGGACCAUCAGCCUCUGCCGCUUCUCCGGAGGCUGCGUUUGUCAAGACCACCAUCUCCUCCCACCAGAUCGUUAUCUUCUCCAAGUCAUAUUGCCCAUACUGCGGGACGGCUAAAGCUGUAUUCAAAGAGUUGAACAAGGAACCAUUUGUAGUUGAGCUUGAUGAGAGAGAGGAUGGGUACGACAUACAAGAAGCAUUGGGUGAACUCGUGGGGAGACGCACUGUGCCUCAAGUUUUCGUCGAUGGCAAGCACAUUGGUGGCUCUGAUGACGCUGUUGAAGCUUAUCACAAUGGUGAACUAACUAAGCUUCUGGGUGUUGAUGGAAAGGAGGAUAUGUGAAGUAAUGCUGCAUCAAUCAGAAUCCCAGUUUGCGCUCAACCAACAGUGAACUUUCUUCUGUAUAUCCACCAGAAGCUGUGUGACUUCUGAGUGAAUUUAAGUUGGUGUGUUCUCACCAAUUAUAAUAGAUCAGAGAUCAAUGUUACUAGUUUUAUAACUCUGUGUUGAGUGUGAGAAAACUAAUAAAUAUGAUGAUCAUUCGACAAUAUGAAGAAGAAGAAAAAAAUACAUGGUUUGAAUGAUU